CAUAGGGUACAUGCCCUCCCCUACUAUCCUUUUCCCUCUUUACAUCCCCCAUCCAUCAUCCUCGCCUUCACCCAAACCGUACCUACCAAACAAAACUAACUCGUUCAAACACUCCAUCACCAUGCCGCCCAAGAAGACUGCAGCAGAUGCCAAGAAAAAGGGCAGCGCCAGCGCCAGCAGCACGGGCAAGAAACAGAGCGCGUACAACAAGUACAUGAAGGACGCCCUCGCCGAUAUCAAGAAGAAGAACCCCCAAUUGGACCACAAGGAGGCGUUCAAGGAAGCCGCCAAACAGUGGAAGCACCACCCUUCGAACCCCAAGAGGCAAGCCUAACCGUUACGAGCGCGUUCCCACAAGUGCAUCAACGCGUCAACACAACACAACCUCGUACAAUAAGCAAAUCGACUUUUCCGCAGAUGCGACACGCUAUUCUCGAUGCUGUUUGUCCGUUUUCAACGACGCGAAUCGUUGGCAAAUUU